AGCUUACGCCUCAUAGAUGGUAGCACCCUUCAGGGGCAUCAAUCAACCGGCAUAGGAUGACGAGUACAACAGCUAUAAGCAGUCUAUCCUCUCUUUCUCGUCCACAUGCUGACCCAAGAAAGCUGCUACAUCACUUUUCCAGCUACAUGAUUAUUUUGGAACGUCAUUGACAUCUUCGCCUCUCUUACCAUUGUACCCCAUUGAACCCCGUUUUGCCAUUCUCUCGGUCUUCUACUCUGUUUCCUAAGGCUUUCCAUCCUAGUGUCUGAAGCACAGAGCAUGAUAGUAGUGCUGGAUUUAGCUGUUUUCUGUUUCGAUAAUCAUGCAACCAAAACUUCUCUCCACCUCCCUUCUUGACUCUUCUGGGCAGAUUACGCAUGUCCGUUUCACCCAGGAUCCGGAGAGUCUGGGCCAGCUAGCAAUCCUGGCACUGGAGUGUCUGGACCAUCUCCCAAACACUCACUCGAAAUCAUAUAAGUCAACUUACCCCCGCCACUAUCACAAGCAAAUCCAUCAAAAUAUCGACACAAACACCCUUAUACCCUCGAGACAUCUGAGUGGCUCUUCCAACCGUCGAAGAACAUAUGGACGAAAUGCUGCGGUAGAUGGAUAUGCCGAUGGAAGCCAAGAUCGACAAGUUUCCCGGUUCAUCUGGUCUCGCCCUUCUAGGUCUAGCCGCAGACCGCCGUGUCUAGAGCGACAGAAUGCCUUUGUUGAGACAAGAACACGCAAAGAUCGCCAGAUCCAAAUACGCAACCCGGUCAAUGAUGGAGGAACUUGCCCUGUGCGCCACCAGUUCAAGGGAGCUCACACGCAUGGGCUUGUCAUCAUCAAUGGCAUCAUGGUGCUUCAAGAGGAGGUAAUGCUGCCAAGAUGGCUGAAUGUCGGAGCUACGCAACCCCUGGGAAAACGAAGAAGGGGUGUGAUACCGGAAGACUUUGCCGAUGAGUGCGAUGUGAAGAAAAAGAAAACAAGUGGUGUCAGAAACCGCGGAAAUCCCGAGCAACCCUCCGAUUUGUGGUCGGCGUGCGACGCCGCCGAGAACAACAAUUGAGGACGACAAACGUCUGCAAGCAAGUCAAACGAUAGCUUUAGAGGUCCGCGGGUGGGGAAACUCCAUAUGGUUGUGUAUGGCAAGCGGCAUUUU